GCUCAUGUCUCACUUCCCACGGAGUGCUGAAGACUGGACGGCUUGGGCGGCCUGGGCCGAGGCCAUUAACACAGCGCAAGAUCCGGCCCUCGCCUGUCAGCUGGCCUUUCGACCGCCAGGCCCGCUCAGAGCAGCUGCCAAUGCUGCUGCUUCUGCUCCACGUGAAGGAGACCUUCGUCGACCAGACCUACCUGGCAGCAUUCUUU